CUUUUACUGUGUGUCUGCUGCAGGGUUGUUUAAUAUGGACUAUUUUGCAAAGUUCAAGAAACGUAUUGCACCUCCCAAGGUACAACCAACAAGCGCAAUGCAGCUCGCCAAAUUUCACAAGUGUUGGGAGUAUAUUCAUAAUAUAUUUGUCACGGACGAUAGAAAAGCAAAUAUACAUGUUCAACAAACAGAGAUACCCAGCAAACUACGACAAAUGGUAGAUUUAUUAGUAGACGAAGAGGCUCGACAAGAGGAUAAUACAGCAGGUGUCUGUAUGGAAUAUUUCUUAAAGAAUGGUAUACUUCAAUACCUUGUCAAUGUAGCAGAAAAGGCAGAUUAUCCAAUAGGAUUCAGAGGGGAAGCAAUCAGGACUAUCGCUAGCAUGGUUGAUCUGUUGGAUGAUAGGUUCCUAGUACACAACGCAGUCCAUAAACCAACAAUUAAGCUAUUACGCUUUUGUGUGUUGAGUGAUCGUCUGAGUCAACUAUACACUGAUGACUUGGUGGACUUGAUGUAUAUCAUUUGUUCAAAAAUCCAUGGAUUCCCUGCUCUUUUAAAUAUCUUCUUUCAUGAUAAACAUUGGUUAACAACCCCACAAAAGAACACAGAUCAUCACCCAUUAGAUAACUAUGAUAAUCAUUUAAAGCAGCCAGAACAACAACAACAACAACAAGAACCACAGGCACCAGAAUAUGAGUUUCUGCUAUUUACGUAUCUGUUGCGAUUUGUACAUAGAGAAGGACGAUCGGGUGACUUUGCACGUACAGGAUUGCUGUUCCUGAUGGAAAUGGCAAAUGAUCAGCUAGGAGACUUCAUUCUAGGUUCCGAUUUUGCAACAAUCAUGGCCGCUGGACUCGGUGCAUUGUAUUCUCAAUUACCUAGAAAACUUAUCGUCCAAGACGAGAUCGAUUCCACCUGCUCUAAUCCAACCACAUUUUUAUUAGGCGAGUGUUCGAUCGAUACCCCACCACAAUCGCGCAUACGGUUUCCCUUGGGCAUGAGUGUCGAAUAUUCCGAUUCACCCGAAUUCAGGUUUCAACUUGACUCGUUUCUCAAACUGCUCGAAUUUUGUCAGGACGUAUUGACACGUUGCCCUAAUGCCGACAUUUGUUCCUCGUUGUUAAACAACGUACGCACGAUCUUUUUAGAAAAUAUCCUUUAUCCUUCCAUUCUCGAAUGCUCUGAUACUGAUGGUUCUUCUGUGGCUGUCAUCAGCUACAUCGACCUCAUCCUUCAGACCGUUCAGCAGGAGGAUCUCGCAAGAGUUGUUGUUGGCUUUUUGAUGGAUGAGGAACACCAGCCGCUUGAUCCAGACACGAACGAUGAAGGGUCCAGCAUGCGACACCUCGAUAUCAACAAGAUCACUCAUUUUACAUUAAAGGAUCUCAUCUUUAGUCGACUCCAAUCCAACUCGCAGACAGCAGUCAUUGCGACAUUGAAACUACUAAAGACGCUCGUGAUGAACCAUUGUCGAUACGCUCUUCGUCUACUCUCUGUCGACCCUGAUAUCAACAAAAAGGCGACGACUGUCUCUCAUCACCUACGUGAGGUCGAAUUGUAUUUUUCACUUAUCAUCGCCAUCGACUCGACACACGCCAAGGACAUCCUCUCGUCUGGGUAUGAAGGCUACCUUCGUGAUAUUGAAGCCAUCAUCGACAACGACGGAUGCUAUCAUCAUCUAAAACCUUACAACGACCGUUCUCGAUCGGGCGUAAAGGAAACGCCUAAGACCAAACGACGAAGAAGUUUCAAGUAUGGACAGCGCUACGAAGAUCUCAAGAAGGAAGAGGAUGAGCGAAAACGACAGGCAAGAGCUGCCAAACCACUCUUUAGACAUCGUAUUCGUCCUUCAGAUCAACUUCUGCAGAUCCUUCUAAGCCUUCUCAGUCACUUCUUCACGCAGUCGGCAGAACUCAAUCUCGCACUGACAGGCGUCAUCACCGCACUCGCUCUUUGUCCCUAUCGUAGUCUGGAAGGAUGGAUUGCGUUUAGCGAAAGCGACCAGACCAGUCCGGAUGAUGUCUUGAUCCUGAACCCAAACGGACAGGCUACGGCCAGUCAACCCAAGAUCCGCAGCCAAGAUAUUUAUGCUCACUUUGAGGCGACAGCACCUGUGGACGAGGAUGACGAAGAGGAUGAUCGAAGCAUUGAUUUUGGUGCAGAAAGAGAAUCUGCCAAGGUGACACGACCUACCUUUUUCAAAUCGUAUCCCCCUUUCUUUACCCUCUUGCGCACCCUGACACAGCAAAUAGACUAUUACCGAUCAGAGAUACCAGCCUUUGAUGCCCUAUUGGAAGAGCGCCGUAAUGCGUUGAUCACGGGAGAAGUGUCUUUUAUAGACCGAAAGCUCAUGUCUCCAUCCAGUUCGACAACAACAAACGUGUCGCGCAGUAACCAUGUAUCAACUCAAUUCAACCGACGACCUUCUGUGCUGCGACCGACCUCGACCGAGACACCAGCACUUAGUCCCUCUUCAUCUUCAUCCACUAUGGUCGGCUCUCGUCUCGGUCAUGGAUCACAAAUCAAUAUGACAGCAGUGAUGAAUAAUCCGAUGUCGCCAUUGGCUCUUCACAUACGAAAAACAACCUCUGUGCGCAUCCAGCCUCUGUUUCCUUCCCAUUUUGUAGAUGAACGAGAAGAGCCAAUCUUGGAUCUUGACGAUGAAGAUGAACAUACGUUUGCGCCCAAGGCAGGCAUUGAUCCUUCCAAGGCAAAGAAACGACACGAUAAGAGCACAGAGAUCACCUUAUCUAUGCUUUUGAAUAAUGUGGUCAUCCUUGAAGAAAGUAUAAAGGAGCUUGUUGCUCUCAUGCAGGUCAGGCGUAGUUUGGGCAUUGAUGAAGUUACCUAUGUUUAAAGUGUAAAGAGUGUAUUGUAUAAUAAAUAGUGUGAUCAUGGGAUGUUGUCAACUUUUUGUGUUUGUGAAUUGACCCUGCAGGAUUGUUUAAAUGUUAAGCACAGUAACAUAUGACCUCAAAGGAGUAUUGUGUUCAAAUGCACUAUGUAAACCCUUAAAUAAAGCGUGUGUCUAUGUUUAUCCGAUAUUCAAAUAUAAAUAGCACUGCAGUCGGUUUAGUAUAUAGACUAUAUACACGUGUAUUGCUGCCACUUGUUG